AUGGGGGACCGCGUCGUGCAGGAUCUCCUCGCCGAGGUGGAGCGGGCGAAGCAGCUGGCGCAGGAGGAGAGGAGGAAGGCUGGCAUCGCCCUCGAUGGCGAGGACGAGGGGGACUACAUGAGGGUCGUCCCGCUCAUCGAGAAGCUAGAGAAGACGAAAGUUAAGGACUCGGAUAGCAUCAACCGGUUCUGGGUGCCCACCGACUCCGAGAGUGAUGGUGACCAGAGGUUCUCGCCCGACGAGGUGAAGAAGCGUCUGGAUAGUUCGAGAAGAAGUGCAAGCGCCACUCGGAGCUUCUCAAGAACUUUUCGCCGAGAAACACUUGAUGAAGCUCACAAAUGGAUGACGAAAAUUGACAAGUUUGAGCAGCGACAUCUGAAACUGCGUUUGGAAUACAGACAUCAACAAGUAGGAUCACCUGAAGAUAUAGUAGACAGUGCUGACUUUGAGAAGGAAAAGACAAUGAUACAAGGGGCAGGCCUGGAGGAAGAUGAAGAAGAUUUCAGUGAAACAAAGGAGAUAGAUAACAUUCUUAUAGAGAAAUUCAAUGCCAUUGAAGAGAAACUGGAGGAGAAGCUUGCAGAGCUUGAUCAUGCUUUCGGAAAGAAAGGCAGGGUCCUGGAAGAGGAAAUUGACAGUCUUGUUGAGGAAAGAAAUUCCUUGACAUAG